AUGUGUGAAGCGUCCGCCUUACUCACAGUUGACCUUCUUCCCCAGUGCCUUCCGACAGAUCGCCGGCAUCCGCAAAGGUGCGACCGCUGCUCGGAAAAGGGCCUCCCAUGCUCGCGGCCCGUACGAAGUCGCGGUUCUAGAUCGCACGCUGGCUCCGAAGCCAGCGAACCACCGGCGUCGUCCGCAGCUCCUCCAUCACCUCAGCAAUCUACACGAGUGAAUCCCGGCCCCGGCCAGAGAGCUUUUGACCGCCCGCCUGCACCGCAAGAUUACUGGCUACUAGGGAUCUCAGGCGCGGACGAUGCAGAUCCUUGUCGCAUCGACACCAUCAUCCCGGAGACCUCGGCUCUUACAACCCCGCCAGCGUCCACCGAAGAGCCGGCCGUCGCCGUGAGUUCCCGGGGAAAGGCCACCGCUACUAUGCGUCGUAGCGCUAUCGCUAGUUCUGGUCUCCCGAGCCUAGCCACCCUUUUUCAACCACCAGGUCUAGAUAUUCGAGUUGGGGACCCCCCCCGCCACGACCCUGACGACCCUCCUUCCGAGCGACCACUGCUCGCCUGUCCCUUCUACAAGUUUGAUCCGAUCGCUCAUUUCCGAUGCUUUAGGAAGUACGACCUGCGCAGAUACUCCGACGUCAAGCAGCACAUACUCCGCUGCCACACCCUCGGCACCCAGUACUGCGCCAACUGUUGGCAGGUCUUCCAGCCGAACCAGGAGGCCGAGUGGGAGGCUCACAUCCAGCAGCGCGGCUGCGAGCGCCGCCAGGGACCGGAGGACCUGCGCCCGAGCGAGGUGAGGGCGCUGACAGCGCUCGAGUUCGACGGGCCGCUCUCAGACACCUCCAAGUGGGACGCGGUAUGGGACCUGCUCUUCGUCGGCCAUCCUCGCCCGCCGUCGCCGUACAUGGACCCCGGCUGGUCCGAGCUGGAGAGCAUGAUGAACCACUCCUCGAGGACGGCCGCCGUGCAGGAGAGCCUGCCGUCGCUGCUGCGCGAGCAGGGCAUCGAACAGGAGGCCGCAGUCAGGCUGGCGGCGCGCAUUCACGACCUAUACGCGGCAGCAUUGGUAGCACCGACGACAACUAGCAGGCAUCGCCUACAGCCUCCCAUCGACGCACCCGAAAGCAAUACCGGAGUGGUAACCCGUCUUGACUACGAAAGCUUUGUCCCGCCACAUGAUAGACCAUCGCAUGAAAAAGAAGCAACAAGCCCAAUUGUAGUGUCACUUUAA